AUGAUUUUUUUUUGGUCUCGAGGGUGGCAAAGUAAAUUAGUACUAAUGAAGCCUUUAGCAUCAUUUCGUGGGAAUACCCAAACAAUGUUGUACACCCCUGUUCAGGAUAAGUAUUCCAUCUUGAUGGAGGAUGACAAACUUCGGGUUGGUGCUAGCAGUAUGCAGGGAUGGCGAAGCACCAUGGAAGAUGCCCACACUAUUCAUCUUUCUUUACCAGGGUUGCCAUCUCACAUGGCUUCUGAAGACGGUGCGAUAGCGGCAGUAUUUGAUGGACACUGCGGGAGUAAAACUUCUCAAACUUCUGCUAUACGUAUCCUGGAAUGGAUUACAUCCAUGGAAGCAUUUGGUGAGGGAAAUAUGGAAAAAGCUAUUCAUGAUGGAUUUAUCGCUGGUGAUUUGGCGAUGCAGAGGAGUUCGCCAAAUGAAAUGAGCGGAUGUACAGGUAACUGUGUGUUAAUAGUUGAGAACCAUCUUUACUGCGGUAAUGUUGGUGAUUCCCGUGCAGUUUUAUGUCGAGAUGGAACUGCUAUUCCGCUGAGUGAAGAUCAUAAGCCGAAUUUACCGAGAGAAAGGGAGCGCGUCUUGAGGGCAGGGGGAUAUAUUCACAAUGGUCGUGUCAAUGGCGUUUUGUCCCUAAGUCGUGCCUUUGGUGACUUUGCUUUUAAAGACAGUGAUUUACCUCCUGAGGCACAGGCGGUGACAGCGAUUCCAGAUGUGGUUCAUCUGGAGCUGACCCCACAAGAUGAGUUUGUCAUCAUUGCGUGCGAUGGUGUGUGGGAUAUGUUGACGAAUGAGAAAGCUGUUGAGAUUGUUCGGAGUGAAGUGGCAGAUCACAGUGACCUUUCAUUAGCAUGUGAGCGGCUUAUGGAUGCUUGUUUGUCGAAGGUAUCGACAGGCGCUGGAACCGAUAACAUGACCGUUAUCAUCCUGCAGUUUAAAAGUUUUUUUUUGAAGAAGGUAGAAAGUAGGUUUGGUGCGAUUUCUUGUAAUACGGCAGAGUGA